CGCGGUGAGAGAGAGAGAGAGAGAGAGAGAGAGGCCGAGAACGAACCAGCCGCUCCGCUGUUUGAUCCCUAUUUGAUAACUUCAUUCAAAAACAACUUCCACAAUGGCUGCAGAGAGGAAGUUCAUUAAUCUAAGGAAGCGAUUGGAUCAGCUGGGUUAUCGGCAGCCUCUGGGAGUAGAGAGUUUACCUUUGGUGGAGAAGCUGUUUAGUGAUCUUGUUCAUACAACUGAGAGUCUCCGGAGUACAAAGUUAUCUGCUGGAAAAAUUGAAAAAGAAUUUAGCAACUUUGAUGCUAUUCUGGAACCUUAUCGUAAUGAAAAUGCUAGGCUCACCCGUGAAAAUAACGAACUACAUCUAGAGAUUCUGAAACUGAAAGAACAAUCAGAGCAUCAGAUCAAAGAUUUGAAAGCUACAUUGAGGAAAGUAGAACAUGAGACUGCAGACAUGAAAUUUCUGAAUAACCAAUAUAUACAUAAAAUUAGAUCCCUAGAGAAAGAGAACAAAGCUAAGACUGAAAAAAUCCAGCAGCUCGAAGAGAAAAAUCUGCAAGCAGUGGUCCAGACCCCAGGUGGCAGGAAAAGAAAUAUUCCAUUCAGGCGUCAGCGUAUGCAAAUAGAUCAACCAGUCCCUCCCUCGGGAAUUGAUGCCUAUCCAGUUCCUCAGCCGGAUGACCCGUAUAUUGCUGAUCUUCUUCAAGUGGCUGAUAACAGAAUUCAUGAGCUGCAACUGGAAGUGGCGGACUAUCAAGAAAAGUUAGAGAUAGCUGAACAUGGAGUGAAAAAUUACAGCAAACAGGUUGAAUUACGAGAUGCAGAAAUUGAGCGUUUAUCAUUAGCACUGGAUGGUGGUCGCUCUCAUGAUGUCAUAUCUCUAGAGGCCAGAAGCAGAAGUAAUGAAAAGAUUAUUGCUCAUUUAAAUUUGCAGGUUGAAUUUUUGCAGCAAACAAACAAAGAACUUGAAAUGCGUAUACAAGAUCUUUUGGAUAGUAGGAAAAAUGUGACUAGCGAGGUGGCUCAUUUAAGUAAUAAAAAUGAAGAACUGUGCCAUGAACUGAGUGAAAUAGAUCAUUUGGCACAACAAUUGGAAAGACACAAAGAAAUUGUGCUGGAGACUGCAGAUAAAGAAAUUGGAGAGGCAAAGGAAGAAAUUAAAAAAAAGUACGAUGAAAUCCAGGAUUGUGAAGAAACUAUAGCUAGACUUAAAUCCGAGUUAUUUUCAUCUCGCAGAGAAAAAGACAGACUAACAGAGGAACUCUUUAGAAAAACAGAUGAAAAGCAAAAUCUUGAGUUUUUGUUAAACCAGGUUCAACAAGAGAACCACAGACUAGCCAAAAAAGUUGAAAACGUUGAGAUUAUAGAACGGGAGCUUGUUAUAGAGAAAGAGAGAAUGAGACUGGAAGGUGGCAUUGUGCUCGGAGACAAGUCACCUUCUCGUUUAGAUGCAUUCGUAAAGACUAUAGAAGAGGACAGGGACUACUAUAAGCGAGAGCUGGCGUAUCUUCAAAAGAUAGUUAAACGAAAAUUAAGCCCAUUGCGAAAUUCUCCAGAAAAGAGUGAUGAUCUUAGGUUGGUUAUCAGAGAGAGAGAUGAACUACAAGCUAUGCUGGAUAACUUUGAAAAGCAUAUGAUAGAGAUUCAGUCCAAUGUCAAACUACUAACUAUGGAAAGAGACAAACUAAAUAACCUGUAUGAACAAUCUCAGGAUGAGUUGAACCGUCUACGGAGAGAAACAAAAACUUGUCUUCUGGCCCAAAGUCAUGUGGAAGAGGAAAGGAACAUCGCACUGUCUGAUUUCAGAAGAGUUGUGGCAGAGAGGGAAGGAUUAAGAGAGAAAUUAAAGAUUGUACAGGAAGAUGCUGCGCUAGAAAAGUCAAAUUUGGAUGAGGAAAUAGCACAGCUAGAAAACACUAUUCAUAGGCUGGAAACUGAACAACUUGAUCAAACAACUGCAGUCUCAUUACUGAAAGACAAAAUAACCUGUUUAGAAGAUGAAUUAAAUGUUAAGUCUCAUCAGCUCUCCCAGUCAACUGAAGAUACUUCACAAUUUAAGAGAGAAUUAAGCUCACUUCAGCUCCUAAAUGAACAGAUACAAAAGUCCCUGGAUGAAAUACAGCACCGGUUCUGUAUUAAAGAUGAUGAACUUCAUGCAGCUCAAGAAGAAAUUUUGAUGCUAGAAGACAAAAUAGAUAAAUUAAAUAAUAAAAACGCUACCCAGGAUGAGACCAUCAGUGUGCUCAGAAGUACCAUUAAUGUCUUGGAUAAGGAAAAGGAUAGCCUUCAGGAAAGCGUAGAUGAAAAAACGGAGAGAAUCGCUUGUUUAGAUGACAAUCUAGCCAACAAGGAAAAAUCUAUCCUCCAUUUACGGCAAACACUCAGUCAGCUGGAGUCCUCCUUAGACCAGUUAAAGGAUGCCUUGAGUGGCAAAGAUCGUGAACUAGCCAGUCUCCGUCGCCAGCUUGAUGCAGCUCACUCUGAGCUUGAUGAAACUGGAAGAGUGAAAGAAAUGGCUCUGAAGGAAAACAGAAGGCUACAGGAUGAUCUAGCAACCAUGGCCCGAGAAAACCAGGCAAUCUCAGCUGAACUGGAAGCAGCUUUACGUGAAAAAGAAGAAAUGAAAAUCAGGGUUCAUAAUUACAUAACUGAAGUAUCAAGGUUUGAAAACCUAAUGGCUUCAAAGGAAAGAGAAAACCGGGAAUUGCUGGAAAAAUUCCAGUUGCUCCAUAGCCAAGCUGAGAGCUGGGAAGCAAAGGCCCAUCAAGCUGAAGGGAACAGCAGCUCAGUACGACUGGAACUUCUUUCUGUUGAUACUGAGCGAAGACAUCUUAAAGAGAGAAUUGAACUACUGGAAAAAGAAAUUCAGGAGCAUCUCAUUGCACACCAAGCUUAUGAAUCACAGAUCUCUUCAAUGGCGAAAAAUAUGGCCAAACUUGAAGAGACCCUCUACCACGAAAAAGAAGAAAAGGUUUCGGCAGCAACUGAUGUGGCUUCUGUUAGAGAACUUUGUGUUAAACUGGAGUCCAGCAAAGAACAGCUUUCUCGUCAGUUAACAUCCAAAAGUUUGGAUUUUGAGAGGAUUCAGUCAGAAUUGGAAGAUGCAAAAGCAGAAGCAGAGCUCUUAAAAAAGCAGUUGUCGAGUGAGCGGCUGACAAUACAAAACCUGGAAACACUCCUGGCAACUAGCCGAGACAAAGAAUUUCAGAAUCAUUUGACUGCACAUGAGAAAGAUUCAGAAAUACAGCUGCUCAAAGACAGGCUAACCCUCUCCGAUAGCAAACUAACAAGUCUUAAUAGAGAAACUUCUCUGUUCCGAAAUAAACUUGCACAGCUGCAGACUGAUUAUGAUAUUGUAAAAAGGCAGCUGACAACAGAACGAUUUGAACGGGAACGAGCCAUGCAAGAGAUGAGGCGGCAUGGCCUCAGUGCCACUUCCAUAAAUGUCAUGUCCCCACUUAGUUCAACACUGAGGUCUCCUUCACACUCGCCAGAGAGAGCACUUCCAGGAGCAAUAGAUCGAGCAGAAAAAAAUGUGGGUUUCAAGGACUAAUCACUGGUUUUAACAAGAACAAACCUGUUUGGAUUUUUUCAGUUGUCAAUAGUGAUGCGAAUGCUAUCUCUAAAAUGUUGUUCAGUCACCAGUACCUUUAAUGUUGCAGUCACAUUUGCAGUACUCUGCACAUUCAUUCUGCUGGAAUAUUUGUUCUAGUUAUAGGUUAAGACAAAACCUGAAUUGGAGUAACUGUAUUUACUUAACUCAGAUACGGAUUUGUGGACUAUUUGCUGUAGAGCCAGGAAGAGAUCAAAAGUCUUAAGCAACCAUCUAUUUGUGUAUGCUUCUGGAUAUAUUAGAUUUUUGUUUACAUCUCACUAUUUUAUUUAGCCUACAUUAAUAAAAAUGCUGAAUGUAACUUGAAGCUACCUUUCUAACAAAAUUGGAAAAUGCAAAAGCAGAAAUGCACGGAUUGGAAUACCUUUUGUUAAUGUUAUCCCUCAGAUUAAAAAAGUUGUCUUCCGUGUAGAGCCUAUAUUUUUAAAAUUGUCUGAAAGUGCAAUCUUAAGCAAAGUUACACCCUUUUAAGCCCUUGGACUUCAGUGAGUUUAGAAGGGUGUGGCUCUGUUUAAGAUUACACUAUUAAUUUUGCUUUUUAAAAAUAAUUUAUUAUGUUAAUGUUAAAUGAAAAACUGUAUAUAUCUCAAAGUGAUCUAGCAGACUCAGUCAAUUUCUUUUUUUUUAAAGUUCGGAUGCAAACUUUGAACUGUUCAUACCAGAGGACCCUAACUGUUAAAAGUGCAAAACAAGACAGGUUAGGAUAGAAAAGCUAUUAGGUAAGUGAAGUAAGGACUAAUCUUAUUUCAAGAAGACUGAUAAAGUUGAAAUUUUUCUCAUAGUGUCAUAAUAUAGUGGCAGGUUGUUGGAUAUGCUUGCUAAAUAAAUCAUGUUUAAUGCUGUGUUGAUUUCAUCACCCUUGCCCAGCAAACUUUUUUUUAAUGUGGACAUUUAUGCCAAAGAAGGAGCUCCCCCUGCCCACAGUAGUUUGCUCCAUUUCUUAAAAGCAAUACAUUCCUUUGUAUACACAAAUAUUGUCCCUCCAUUAAAAGGAACCAUGACCCUAUACAGAGGAGAUCCAUGUGUGUAUUAGAUCACAGGUAGUUUUCUGAACUAGGAUGUAUUAUCAACUUGUCUUUUUACAGUAUGUUAAUAUUGUUUACUAUACUUUGUUGUGUGUAUGUCUUUGGUAGUCUGAUACAUAAUCACAAUAUACUAAUUACUGUUGUGUAUUAUGAACAGAUGAGGAAGCUACAGCUUUCAGAGAUAGGUGCAGAGUGACUUCUGAACCUUUGAAGAAAAUUCUGUAUUUUCCAGUUUCCAUUAUGGAUAGCAAUUAGAACAGCAGAAAAUGGCAUAUAACAAAGAUGGAAGAUUCAAAUGCUAAACUUUCCUAAGUUUCAUCAACUUUUAAUAAAGUUUUUUUUUAAAUAAAAGAUUUCUGAACUGGAAUUAUGGUCUUACCACAAUAUCUUAAUAAUUUAAGGAUCGUUAC